UGGUAAUGAAGUUUAUUUGACAUUACAGAUUACUAUACUCAGUGUUUGACAUGUUAUUAUAGGUUAUGUUUACAUGUUUACUAUUAACCGAGUUAAAAAACGUUAAAAUAUGGCAUUUUCUUUCGGACAAUCUUCUUUUGGGCAAACGGCAAAGCCUACCGGUUUCGGUGGAGGUGCUUUUGGUACCCCAACCACAUCAUCAGCGGGUUUCGGAGGAUUUGGUACAUCUUUCGGGGCCCCCGCCGCAUCAACAACCCCCGCAUUCGGAACAAGUUUUGGUACAACCGUAACAAGCACCGCUCCGGCUUUUGGCACAUCAUUCGGAACCCCCGCAAGUUCCGCCCCCGCUUUCGGAUCGACAUUUGGAGCUCCCCCAACAUCGACUUUUGGAACAUCGUUCGGUACUCCAGCAACUUCCGCGCCAGCUUUUGGAACAGUUUUUGGCGCCCAGACAACUUCAACUCCGAGUUUAUUCGGAACUCCAGCCCAAACAACCAAACCAAGCCUUUUCGGCGCUCCGGCAACAAGCGCUUCGGGGGGAUUAUUUUCGACGUCGGGGGGUGGAUUGUUUGGGAGUGGGGGGAGCACUCAAAUUGCGGGGGGAGGGUUAUUUGGGGCCACAACCACUUCGACACCGAGUUUAUUCGGUGCUGGGGGGGUAUCAACGUCUACCCCAUCGUUAUUUGGGACUUCGUUUGGGGCUGCAACUACAAGUGCGGGAACUGGGACGGGAUUGUUUGGAAGUGCGGGGAGUAGUUUUGGAGGGGGGUUGUUUGGGGCGACGACGACGACGACAAAUUCACUUUUUAGUGGAUUUGGUGCUACAACGACUACGACAGCUUCGACGGGAUUUGGGUUUGGGACUCAACCCGGGGGUUUUGGCACCGGGAAUUUAUUUGCGACCGGGUUAAAACCUCAAACAUCGACGGUUGGGGUUGUUUCGGCUGCGGAAAAUAAAUUGCAACAAACGUUGGCAAGUUUUUACGCUAUUAAUGUCUUCGGGGAUGAACGAGAUGAUAUUUUAAAGAAGUGGAAUAUGUUACAAGCUUGUUGGGGGACGGGAAAGGGUUAUUACAACGCUUCGCAACCCCCCGUCGAGUAUAACCAGUCAAAUCCAUUCUAUCGAUUUAAAGGAAUAGGUUAUGUUGUGAUCCCCCAGCCUGAUAACGCAGAUGGAUUGGUUAAGUUGCAAUUUAAUAAGAAGGAAUCCGAAGUUAGUGCAAUGAAGGACACCUUAAUAAACGGAAUAAACGGUAUUUUAGGAAACAAACCCAAUUUAACACUAACAAUAGAACAUAUAAAAGACUUAGCCGACUCGGAAUGUGAGGUUAUGAUCAGCGUUUUAGAAAAGGGGGUAACCGGAACGAAUCGGAAAAUACACGCCUCCGAUUUAGCGUCGUUUUUGAACCAACCAACUCAAAAACAGCAACUUUCCACAGUUGGGGUGACUUAUAUCGGGCCUUACAUGACUCCGACUAAAUCGCAAUUAGAGGAAUAUUUAAAAAUACCUCCGCCGGGUAUCGAUAAUCAAAUGUGGCAAGCCGCUCAAAUCGACAACCCACAUCCCCAAAAAUACCUUCCGACACCAAUAAACGGAUUUUACGAUUUAAAAAAGCGAUUGUUGUGCGAAGAAUACGAAACGGGACUUCACCGGGCGUUUUUGGAAAAGGUUUCUAACGAUAUUAAUGAGUUAAAAAAGAAACAAGCCGCUUCUUUGGCUCAUAUUAAUGAGUAUAAACAGAAAUUUUUACAACUUCAACAUAGAGUUUUAAAAAUUUUAGUUAAACAAGAAGUAAGUAGAAAAGCCGGGAUGGCGUUACAACCGGAAGAAGAGGCUUUAAGAAGUCGAUUAGAAAUAAUGCAUUCACAACUUAGUAUUCCAACACAAUUUAAAGGUCAAUUAAACGAAUUAAUUAGUUCUGUAAAGUUGUUAAGUACCGAACAAGCUUGUUGUAGCAAUAACGAACGUUAUAAAAUGGAACCGAAAGUUCAAGAUGAUGUUAAACAAUUCUUACAAAUGGAACAAAAUGGAAUUGCCUAUCUUAUAAAUGUUAUUAAUAAUGAUUUAAAGGAUUUAAAGCUGAUUCAAUAUGGUUUAUUACAAUUUUUGAAUAAGUGAUUUUUUAUUAACUUUAUAAUGAUGUAUUUUUCUUUCAAAAUAAACGAUAUUUUAUA